UGAGUACACUGAGAGUUGAAAUCUUCAUUUCUGACCUGGAGAUGGAGAGCUCCAAUCAAACCAUUGCUCAAGAGUUUAUCUUCUCUGCUUUCCCUUAUUCUCGGGGAGACUCUGUCAUCUGUUUUGUUCCACUUCUCUUCAUUUAUACUUUCAUUAUUGUUGGAAAUCUGGUCAUUAUCUCAGUGGUCCAGCUGAAUACUCGCCUCCACACUCCCAUGUACUUCUUUAUCAGUGCCCUUUCUUUCCUGGAGAUUUGGUAUACCACAGCUACCAUACCAAAGAUGCUCUCUAGCCUGCUUAGUGAGAAGAAAAGCAUUUCCUUAAAUGGUUGUCUCCUGCAGAUGUAUUUCUUCCAUUCCACAGGCAUCAGUGAGGUUUGUCUCUUGACAGCUAUGGCCUUUGACCGCUACCUGGCCAUCUGCAGCCCUCUUCAUUAUCCCACUAUCAUGACCCCCAAGCUAUGUGCCCAACUGACUUUAAGUUGCUGUGUCUGUGGCUUUAUCACACCCCUCCCUGAGAUUACCUGGAUCUCCACAUUGCCGUUUUGUGGUUCUAAUCACCUUGAGCACAUCUUUUGUGACUUCCUCCCAGUGCUACGCCUGGCCUGCACAGACACACAAGCCAUCAUCAUGAUUCAGGUAGUGGAUAUUGUCCAUGCAGUGGAGAUUAUUACAGCUGUGAUGCUCAUUUUCAUGUCCUACAUUGGUAUUGUGGCUGUAAUUCUACGUAUUCGUUCAACUGAAGGCCGCCGCAAGGCCUUUUCCACAUGUGUCUCCCACCUCACUGUCUUUUUGCUCUUCUUCGGCAGCGUGGCUCUCAUGUACCUACGCUUCUCUGCCACCUACUCUUUAUUCUGGGAUACAGCCAUCGCUCUGGCCUUUGCAGUUUUGUCCCCCUUCUUCAACCCCAUUAUCUAUAGUCUGAGGAAUAAAGAGAUAAAAGAAGCUAUAAAAAAGCACCUGGGUCAAGCUAAAAUCUUUUUUCAUAAGACCAGAGACCUCAAGUAAAAUCCAAUAGUCGGGAGUCUAUAUAGUUGUUGGUUCCUUUUCAUCCUCAACUCUCUGCAAUCUGUUUUUUCCCAUCCAGCUUUUACUGAAACUGGUCUCUCAA